AUGGUUUCCAUUUUCAUCCUCUUGCUUCUUUUCAGUAAUUACUUCAUGAGUGUUCAUGGAAGAGUGGUGUCUUUAGCAGAAUCCCAUAUAAGUUUACCCUCAGAAAAACUACAAAGUUCUACUCACAUACACUUUUAUUUUCAUGACAUCCUAGAUGGUGAAAAACCAACUACGCUCAAAAUUAUCAACCCACCUAAUGAAUCAUCUCAUGGUCCUUUUGGAGCCACUUAUAUACUAGACAACCCUUUAACUAGAGAACCAAAUUUAAGUUCAAAGCUUAUUGGAAGAGCUCAAGGAACCUAUUCUUUGGCUUCUCAACAAGGUGAUUUUGCAUUUAAGAUUGAUAUUAAUUUUGUUUUUACAGCUGGAACCUACAAAGGGAGCACCCUCACCAUGCUUGGGAGGAAUGUUAUUGUAGAUGAAGUUAGAGAAAUGCCUAUUGUUGGAGGAACUGGUGCUUUUAGAUUUGCAAGGGGUUAUGCUUUGGCAAAGACUGUUUGGUAUAAUUCUACAUCUGGAAAUGCUAUUGAAGAGUUCAAUAUUACAAUUUUGCAUUUGUAA